GUGUGUCUCGUUAUUUUGGCAGACAGACGAAGAAGGCGUAGGCUUGAGAGACUUCCCACGCAGUCUCCUUCCCAAUAGCCUACUAUAUAUGACGUACCACUCUCCCCCUGUUGCAUAUGACUGAGUCAGCCGUUCAAGGAGAGGACAUGGAACUCGAGUGCGGUGUUUGUUUCCAGAUCUACAACGCUGGGCGACGGUGUCCGCGAGAACUGAGAUGUAAACACAGCUUUUGUGAAUGCUGCUUGAAUUUACUCGUUCGGUCGCCAGCACGUGAGACAGAGGGGUCUACGGCUCAUGUCCCAGCUGAAGUAGCAAUUGUGUGUCCGUUGUGCCGGUACCCUACCAUCCUGCUUGGCGGUGAGGUGAGGGGACAGCUACCAGUAGACGAAGACCUUUUUGAGCGUAUGUUAUCAACUGGUGUCCUGAACGACAGCAUGUCUGAUGACGAUGAUGCGGAUUCGGAUGAGUUUGAAAAAGAAUCAGUCCCCAAAUGCGAGGAGAGAACAGAUGACAAUUCUAGUACGGAUGCGGUGCCCAGGUCCAGAGGUAGACGACUUUGGAGGUCAUUCAAACGUUUCUGCGACAAAGUGAUCGGAGAGGGUGCCCUGAGAGACAGACAUCAUGUUCUGACGGAUGAAGACAUGAGGGACCUUGUGUUGAUGGCGUGCAUGAUGUGAAUGAAGAUGGACUAGCUUACCGUUACAUUCCUUGAGACUGACUUCUGAAUCUGACAAACUCCGAAAGCGCUUAAUUUCAGCAUCAUCUUUGGUCUUCUUCGGGUGGUUAAGACACGCCUCGUUACAGCAACGUUUGCUUUCCUGAGGUUUUAUUUAACUGCCUUUACGUAUAAUGAAAAUCGUAAGCAAAUGUGCCGAUGAUUACAUUUUUCUGCAAUGAAAACUGUAACUUAUAAAUCAGUAUUAUUUCGUUAUGUAGCACUGACAAAGCGUUUCUUGUUUUAUGCUGUCUGAUAACCAUUGUUUAUUUAUUGAUCUAAUCUUUCUAUUUAUUUUAGCCUAUGUAUUAGUCUGAUUUUGUGAAUAAUAAAUUACAAAAAUAUCAA